AAGGAUAGGGCUUUUCCACGAUGCGCAGAGCAGUCGAGAGUAACAUGGCGGCGGUUGUUUGUGUUGUGCGGUUGUGUUGCGAUAAUGUUUUUACGUAAAACGUUCGAUUCUGAAAGAACUGUUGUUCGAAACACUGUAGGAGGCGUUGGAUAUGUGUUAUGCAUUGCUGCUAUUGGAUUAAUUCAUAAAUAGAGUAAGACGUGUGCGGAGGAGUCACUUCCUUGUUAUUUACCAUCAGACAUCUGGAACAUCAUGAUUUUAUUCUGCGAGGAGGUGCGAGAACAAGGCUUCACGGCCGUCAUUGACAUGCGAGGCGCCACCUGCAACACCGCUAAACCCAUCCUAAAGGUGCUGCAGGAGCACUUCGCUUCGUCCGUGCACGCCGUCUACGUCAUCAAGCCAGAUAACUUCUGGCAGAAGCAACGCUUCUCGUUGGGUAGUCACAAGUACAAGUUCGAGACGAGUAUGAUCAGUCUAGAAGCACUGCCAAAGAUCAUUGAUACUACACAGUUGACAGGAGAUUUAGAAGGAACUUUGCAUUAUGAUCACGCUCAAUGGAUUGAUAUGAGAUUGGCAUUAGAAGAUUUUGUAUGGCAAGCAGCUGAUCUCUUAGACAGACUGGAUGAUUUACAAGAAGACUUAAGUAGAAAUGACUUCGCAGAUGAUGUUAUAGGAGCCAAACGUGCCAUUGAUCUCCAUAAUGAGAUGAAAAAGAAAAUUACUAAAGCGCCUGUUGAAGAAAUUGAUCUCAUUGGUCAACGGUUAUUGCAGAGCGGAUAUGACUCUGGUUAUUCGGGACGAGACAGUGAAGCAAGCUCUGUUGUGUCAAACCCAGAUCUCCUAGCAUCAGUGCCUCAAAUCCUACAAAAUGUGGAGGCUGUACGUUCAUCUCAGCAACAUUUAAAAACUUUAUGGCAACAUAAGAAAGUAAAAUUAGAUCAGUGUUUUCAACUCAGGUUGUUUGAACAGGACUGUGAAAAGAUGUUUGAUUGGAUUUGCCAUAACCGUGAUGUGUUUCUCAUGAACUAUGUAGAAAUAGGACAUUCAUAUCAGGUAGCCAAAGAACUUCAAGAAGAGCAUAACCAUUUUACCAUGAGCUCAAUGAAUGUGUAUGUUAACAUCGACAGAAUUUUGACUGUUGCAUCUCGCCUAAUUGAAAGCAAUCAUUAUGCUGCCCAACAUAUUAGAGGAGUGGCAACUCGUCUUGAUCGAACGUGGAAACAAUUUGCUGCUGGUCUUGAUGAAAGAACUGCAGUCCUGGCAUUAUCAGUACUCUUUCAUCACAAGGCAGAAGAGUAUGUUGAAAAUGUAUCAAGUUGGAAUCAGGCCUGUGAAAACAUGACUAUUCCAUCAGAAAUAAUGGUUCUUGAAGCUGCUAUUCAUCAGCAUCAGAAUUUGUAUGAGUCCAUGUGCCAAGCAUACACAGAGGACUGCUUGGUUCCAGAUGGAAAAUUAUCGCAGGCAAGCUGAUAAUUCUUCCUUUUUAAGUGUUUUAAUUUAUUAAUAGCAACAGUAGGGCAACUUUAUGUUUAUCCUGUUUGUUUGCAUAGCAGAUAAUUUAUGUUCUGUUUUAUCUGGAGCACUGAUUUGUGUAUCCUAAUUGCACUUAAUUUUGUUUUUCCCAUGGGGGAAGUUGCUUCUGCUUGCAUUUGCACCGAAUGUUCCGUCUGUAGAAUCCUUACUCUGAACCCAUUUAGUUUCAGAAAUUUAUUGAGGAGUAAAAAAUGCCACAGGAACAACAUUAUUUAAAAUAGCAGAAGUAAACAUUAGGAAGAUGGAAAUC